AUGCCCCUCGUCCCUCUUGACGGCGCGAUCGCAGUCAACUGCCCUAACUGUGCGAGCUGUGACCCAUCGCAGCCAGCGUGCGCGGCGGAGCGGCAUGCUGCCCCAUCGAGAUCCGCCCAGUCUGGGGGAAAGGACAAACUCACCCUCAUCCUUGCCAUCGCGGUGCCGGUCGCCGUAGUGGUUCUUGGUCUGCUGGUGUUCGUGGCCUAUCGCAUCUACAAACGCAAGAAGCGCUCGGUCCCCGUCCUGGAGCCUGCGCCAGUACCUGUUCGCGAGGUCAAGGCUAAAGGGAGCUUGAAGAGCGUCAAUAGCACCGCGACCGACGGACAGAGUAGCGGCACACACAUCAGCACACUCCCACCAUACUCGCCUAGCAGGUCGAGUGGGAGCCCCGAUUCGCGCGGUCCGCCUCCUCUCCCACCGCGCCACGAGGUCGGUGAUGGCGUGUGUGUUGGCCCACCUGACGAGGAAGAGUACGAGGACGACGCAAGCUCCACCUCCUCAUUCGGUGCCAUAGCUCCCCAGCUUGAAUUCGACACAGUCUUCACGCAUACACACCGCUCUCUGUCUCCGGUUCCAGAGGAGCGGGAGAGUAUGAUGACCCGCAACUCGGCGUAUAGUGCGCCCAGCCUGCGCACACUGGCUUCGGUUGAAGACAUGUGGGGCCCAUCUGCCGCCCAGCAGUUUCGGGACAUGACGCUGGCACAAUGGCCCACGACGCCGCCUCCACCGCCGCCGUGCCACCCCAUGCGCGCUCGUGCGUAUUCGGGCCCGAAGUCUGGGCCGCCGGUGGUCCUGUAA